CCAAAACAUUUCGAUUCCUGUUUUUGAAAAAUCUGAAAACAGAGAGCGCGGGGCGGCUCGGCAGCCAGUAGCAACCGUCACUCACGGCGGUCGUUAUAUUCCCCGGUAAACAGUUGCAGAAUUGGCUGAGCCAGUGAGUGACCGAGUCAAUCGAUUCGAUGAGUUCGAAAGAGAACUACAGAAUCGAGCUUCGGACUGCGAUUCGACAGCUGAGCGAUCGCUGCCUCUACGCCGCUUCCAAAUGGGCGGCGGAGCAGCUCGUCGGCAUCAUCGACCAGGACCCGGUAAAGUUUACGCCUGCGAACACGAGAUUCCAGCGCGGGAGCUCCAGCAUCCGGCGCAGGUUCCGCACCAACGACAUCACUUCGACGCCGGCUUCCGGCUUGUCGUAUGUGUCCACUCCGGUGAUGGAGGAAGACGACAUUGUGGACGGCGAUUUCUACCUCCUUGCUAAGUCGUAUUUUGACUGCAGGGAGUACAGAAGAGCUGCCCAUGUGCUUCGAGAUCAGAAUGGAAAGAAGUCGGUCUUCUUACGCUCCUAUGCUCUAUAUCUGGCUGGAGAAAAGCGGAAAGAGGAAGAAAUGAUAGAACUUGAGGGGCCGCUAGGAAAGAGCGAUGUUGUAAAUGGUGAACUGGUUUCUCUCGAGAGGGAGUUAUCAAACCUUCGCAAGAAUGGGACUAUUGAUCCUUUUGGACUCUACUUGUAUGGUCUUGUGCUCAAAGACAAAGGCAGCAAGAGUCUUGCUCUUACAGUUCUUGUAGAGUCUGUCAAUAGCUACCCUUGGAACUGGAGUGCCUGGUCGGAGCUGCAGUCGUUAUGCACUACAGUUGACGUCUUGAACAGCCUUAAGCUCAAUAACCAUUGGAUGAAGGACUUCUUUCUCGCAAGUGCUUAUCAAGAACUGAGGAAGCACAGUGAAUCCUUAAAAAAGUAUGAAUAUCUUAAGGGCACUUUUGUUUUCAGUAAUUACAUUCAGGCUCAAAUUGCAAAGGCACAAUACAAUCUCCGGGAAUUUGAACAAGUUGAAGCAAUUUUUGAAGAACUUCUCAGGAAUGACCCUUACCGAGUGGAAGACAUGGACAUGUAUUCCAAUGUGUUAUAUGCAAAGGAGUGCUACUCUGCACUAAGUUAUCUUGCCCAUAGAGUAUUUAUCACUGAUAAAUAUAGACCUGAAUCUUGUUGUAUUAUCGGAAAUUACUACAGCUUAAAAGGGCAGCAUGAGAAGGCGGUUGUGUACUUUAGGAGGGCACUCAAAUUGAACAGAAAUUAUUUGUCUGCUUGGACCCUUAUGGGUCAUGAAUAUGUUGAGAUGAAAAACACCCCAGCUGCUAUUGAGGCAUAUCGCCAUGCUGUAGAUAUAAAUCCAUGUGAUUAUCGAGCUUGGUAUGGAUUAGGACAAGCUUAUGAGAUGAUGAGUAUGCCCUUGUAUGCUCUGUAUUACUUCAAGAAAUCAGUAUUCUUGCAGCCAAAUGAUUCUCGGUUGUGGAUUGCUAUGGCCAAGUGUUAUGAAACUGAACAGCUCCACAUGACUGAGGAAUCGAUGAAGUGUUACAAAAGGGCAGUUAAUUGUAAUGACAGGGAAGCGAUUGCCCUGCACCAAUUAGCAAAGCUAAAUUCUGAACUUGGACGUUCUGAAGAGGCGGCUUAUUACUACAAGAAGGAUUUGGAGAGGAUGGAAGCCGAAGACAGGGAAGGACCAAAUAUGGUAGAAACCUUGCUAUAUCUUGCUCAAUACUAUAGGCAGCAGAAAAGAUUUGAAGAAUCAGAGAUCUAUUGUACCCGUCUUCUAGAUUAUACUGGCCCGGAAAAGGAAACAGCAAAAAGCUUACUUCGAGGAAUGAGAAUAGAACAAGCCGGUGGUCCUUCAAUGGAUGUUGAGCACUUUCCUCCAGUAAUUUAGUCGUGAUGUAUAAGGCAGAUACCCUUCUCUAUCAGAUUCAGCACAACAUCUUGCGAGAAGCUUGAAGUGGAUCGGUCACAUUUGAGAGCGUGUUCUUGUGUUAUUAAUGUUAAUUAGUUAUAUUUCUGUAGAAAAACUCAAUUUGUUAAUGUAUUGCUUUAGUUUCUAGAGUGUUUCCUUAA